UAACUUGAAUGCUCUCACUGGCCACGUUGAGCAGUGAGAACUUUCCGAUGAUCAGCUGGUUUUUAUUAUUGUACCGUCCACUAAAAUUGUGUGCCUCUCAGUCAGCAUGCGAUGUAUAUUGGGAUUGGGGCACGCUCGAGAUGACCCUGGCUGAGAUCGAUAUCACUUCGAACCCACGCGUCACUCCAGCUCUAGGCCGAUACAUUCAAUUCCGCCCAUUUCAUCCAGUUGAACGCAGUGACUGUAAAUGAGCACGACAAACGCCUACGUCGCCCUGUCCCAGAGCCCAACGGAGGACGAAGCUCACUGGGAUGAUAUCGAUCUAACAUCUUCUGGCCUAACACAGCGACGUCGGAUUUUUGGCUCUCAGUCUAGAUGGUUUGAGAAUUUGCAGGCACGAUGGCGAGGGAUAACUUCUCGUGUAAUCACCUUCGUCGAGACGAAUCUGGGGAUGCUGUUGAUCAUAGUGGCGCAAUUCUUCUUCGUAUGCAUGAACCUCGGCGUCAAGCAGCUGGACAGCCUCGAUGUGCCUAUGCACACCCUUGAACUCAUUGCAGUUCGUAUGGGUAUUACCCUGGCAUGUUGUGUAUUAUACAUGGUUGCAAUGAAGAUUCCAGAUCCUUUCCUUGGUCCCAAAGGCGUGAGGCUGUUGCUGGUGAACAGAGGCUUGUGCGGUUUCUUCGGCUUGUUCGGGAUGUACUAUUCCCUGCAGUACCUUUCAUUGGCAGAUGCGACGGUGUUGAGUUUUCUUGCACCGCUGUCAGCAGCAAUAGGUGGAUACAUCGUCUUAAAGGAGCCUUAUUCGAAGCAUGAAGCAUUUGCAGGCAUUGUGAGCUUGCUUGGCGUCAUUUUAAUUGCUCGACCGCCGUUUUUGUUCGGUAAUACUUCCAGUGUAAAUUCAGACAGCAGUGAUGCAGCUUCUAGAGCCACUGCGAUAGACAGGAUACGAGCUGUCUGUGUCGCUGUUUUUGGAAUUGUCUUAGGGACUGGAGCCUUGUUGUCAAUGCGUGCGAUAGGCAAACGCGCUCAUCCGAUGCAUCUUAUGAUAUUUUUUUCUGCAUGGUGUACAGUCGUCUCCUCUGCUGCAAUGUACUUUAUGAAGAUUCCAAUUGUUUACCCUCACAACUGGAAAUGGGCUGCAAUGCUGAUAUUCAUCGGAUUUUCGGGUUUUUUCGCGCAGACUUUGACUACGAUCGGUUAUCAACUCGAGACUGCAGCACGCGGUUCUAUGGGUCAAUAUGUACAGCUCUUAUUCGCUGGUGUCCUGGAAUACGUAUUCUUCGGCACAGUUCCUUCGACGCUAUCGCUCAUCGGAGCCGCUAUCAUCAUGACAUCGGCUAUAUACGUUAUUGUUUCAAAGAAGGGAUCACCGAAGGGACCUGAGGCAAUUAGCCUCAGAGAGCCGGACUCCGCACUUGAGGAAGGCUUGUUGCAUUCUGAAUCGCUAAACACGACGAUUAAACCUCCAGAGACGAGCUCAAGCAGCAGGAUAGGACAUGACGAAGAAUUGAAAGAAAAGCCACCAUCUGCGUGAGGUUUAACCUACUCCACAUAUGCCCUUGAUGCCGGCUGGAGAUAGUGACGAUGAAAAUAGUUUUUAUACGCUACGAAAAACAAUGUAUAUGUCCUGUGUUGACAUACUGGACUGCUCAAUAAUAGAAUGAGCAAUGAAAACGGUGCGAAGAAAGAUUGAAGAAAGAACAACCUACAGG